AUGAAGUUCACUCUCCUCACAACCGCCCUCUUCCUUUCCACCGCCGCCUAUGCCGCCGAUGUGGACUCCAUAGUCUCCGCCGCUGAAGGCAUUGCGGCCACAGCCUCCGCUGGCGGCGAAUCAAUCGGCUCCGAUGCCGCUGCGGCAGCGACUUCCAUCGCCCACGCCGCUGAAACCGGCGGCUCAGCCGCCCUCUCAACCCUGACCAGCGACGCCGCCUCCAUCGGAUCCGCAGCCGCCAGUGCAGCCAGUUCCAUUGGCUCGGAUGCUGCUUCAGCCGGCUCGGAUGCUGCUAGCAAGGCUUCGACUUGGGCUACACAGUUUACUACGACUGGCUCUAUUACUACGACUGAUUCUAAUGGUCGCCAGACCACUGAGGCGACUACUAUUACGAGCAAGGGUACUGCUACUGAGACCGGGAUGAACACUGCUUCGUCGACUGCUUCUGGUGCUUCGAGUACCGGCACUAAUGUUGCGGGUUCUGGGCCUGCGGCUAUGGGUGCUGCUGUUGCGGGUCUGGGUAUGCUUGGUGUUAUGGCUGCCCUGUAG